CCUGAGUUUAAGAAAAAAAAUUAAUGUUACAGUUAUUCCAUGUGUUGUAAUACAGUAUACAUUGUGAGAAGACAUUUUGACAUGAAUUAAACUAAAGAUGAGUGCAACAGAAUUAAAAGAACAGGGGAAUCGCUUAUUUGCUGCUAGAAGUUAUGAUGAUGCUAUAGGGUGUUACACAAAAGCAAUUAUUAAAAAUCCAACUUCAGCUACUUUUUACAACAACCGUGCACUUUGUUAUCUAAAGCUAAAAAAAUGGGCUUUAGCGAUAGCUGACUGUCAACAUUCAAUAGAAGUUGAUGCCAAAAGUGUAAAGGGACAUUUCUUUCUUGCACAAGCCUACUUUGAGAAUGGUUUGUAUGAUGAAGCUAUUGCAAAUUUCAAACAAGCACAUGAAUUGGCAAAAGACCAAAAGUUGAAUUUUGGUGAUGAUAUUGCAUCUGCGUUAAGGGCUGCAAAAAAAAAGCGUUGGAAUGUAAUGGAAGAAAAAAGAAUUCAACAAGAAAUUGAGCUAGAAUCCUAUUUAAACAGAUUAAUAUUAGAAGAAAAAGAACGAAAAAUCGUCCAACUACAGCAAGAUGGAUGUAGUGAUGAAGAAGCAGUCAAAUCUAUUGAAACUGACACUAGUAAAAGGUUGUCUGAAGUAACUAAUUUAUUUUCUGAAAUUGAUGAAAGACGAAAGAAAAGAGAGGUACCUGAUCAAAUCUGCGGCAAAAUUAGUUUCGAAAUUAUGCGAGACCCAGUCAUAACUCCAAGUGGUAUUACUUAUGAUAAAAAAGAUAUAGAAGAGCAUUUACAGCGUGUCGGUCAUUUCGACCCGGUUACUCGUGCUGCGUUAAAAGCUAGUCAGUUGAUACCAAAUUUGGCAAUAAAAGAAGUCAUAGACGAAUUUCUUGAGAAAAAUGGUUGGGCGGAAGAUUUUUAGUUGCGUUUUAUGGACAUAUGUAACACAUCGUUUUUUUUUUAUUUAUUGUGAAAAUAUAGAAUCAUAAAAUCAUUUAAUAACGCAAAGCCAUUUAUACAGAGAUAUAAUGACUUUUAAAAGUCAACCAUUCUUCAGACAUUAUUAAGCUAUUGGUAUUCUUGUAUUUUUUGCAUGUUCUUCUUUACAUGCUUCCCUACUCUUUGUUAUGUUAUGUUUGUCUUUUUAUAUUUAUCGUCAAUCGGAUGAUUUUUAAAAAGAUUUUGUUAAGUGGUUACAAUCUUUGUUAUUACCUACCAAGGUAUAAUGUCAUCACUAUGAAUGAAGUAAAAACUUCUGAAGUACUCUCGUUUGUGUACGAUUGAUAAAACGGUACUGUUAUGUUAGUUUUUAACAAAAAUAUGAUACAUUACGUUCACCGAAAAAUUGUAUUUAUUAUUAUAUAUAUUUCUGUUAGAUUUUAUAACAUGUUACUAAUACAAUUUAUUUUUAUUUUUCUUUAUUUGUUUACCUGUUUGUUUUUGAUUGUUUUUAUCAUCUGAAUGUUUUUAUUAUUUUGUGUAAGCAAAAGUACUAUUUACUA